GUACAAUUCCUGCUUCGCGAAGUCGAAGUUAUUCGAGGCACAGUUGUUGAAGAACCGAAUCAAGACAACGCGGAAACUGAUGAAAUGCUAAAUAAGUCUCAGUUAUUGGAUAAAAGUAUAAUUCGCGUUGCGGAUUUGGAUAAGCUGUUUAUGAAUCCCGAUUCCUCGGCUGCUGAAAUAAUCGACGAGCACCUAGUGACCUGGCGCGGUUUGAAAGAACUACAGUUGCAAAAUCAACGCCUCCUGUGUGUUGCUCGCGAUUUGGCCACUCAGUUAGUGCAGCGGGAAUGUGAGGAGAAAAACACAGCCUCCCGUGUAUCCGAAUUGACAGUGCGCGUGGAGACGUUAUCGGGCGAGCUAGAUGUUGUUAGAAUGGCCGCCCGUGAAGCUCGAUUAGAAACUCAAAUGGUUACACGUCAGCGUGAUUCGUAUCGUGCUUUGCUCAAACAGUACGAUAUCGACGUAUCACGCUCGGAAGAAGAACAGAAUGAAGAAAAGUCAACUCCUGAGGAAGGCAAAGAGAAUGCGUCUGAGUUGCCUGAUACAGAAGUCCAUCCCAGCCCCGCUGCGAAGCAUUCCGAACGAAGCUCACUCAAUGCGAAUUUGACUCUGGCCAAUGUGGAACGCCUUGAGGAAUCGUUGGCUUCAUUAGAUGCUGAAUUCAAGCGCUAUCGAGAAGACAAAUUGGAAUCCGAUAAGAUCUAUUCUUCUACAAUUGAACAGCUGCGCAAGGAGGCUAGCGAUGCACGGCUGCUUAAUCAGAAGUUAGCUGCUCAACUCGAUUUCACACACGAGAAAUUGCGCAAUAUGGAGGCAAACGUGUCGGGCUACAAGCAGGAGAUUACUGUCUUGCGUGAGAUGAACGCUCGUUAUUCAACCUCGGCUGCGGCCAGUGAAGCUGAACUGACACGCCUUCGGGAGGAUCUCAUUCGUACUUCAGACAAGCUGUUAGAGGUUGAGGUAGAUGCACGGCAUUCGGCGCGUCAACUGGAAAUGGCUCGGGCAAAUGAGACACGUUGGAAACAAGAGAACGAGGCACUUCGUCGACAAGACCAAAUGCACACACAAUUGAUGCAUCAACUGGAAGCUAUACAGGGAAAUUUGGAGCAACGCGAAUCCAGCAGUCGAUCUGCGAUGGAACGGCGUAUAACCCAACUGGAGACUCAACUAACAGAAGCCCAAGCUGCGUUUACGGAAGCCUCACAAUCAUACAAAUCUACCAAAGAAACAUUAGAACGAGAGUUAGAAUUAGCUCGUCAGAGUUUAUCUCUCGAACAAGCCGAAUUGGAACAGCUUCGAACCAAACUGGUCGCAGCUGAGCAGGAGUUGCAAGAACUGAAGCCAAAGAAAGACACCGAAGUGGUCACCACAACCGAAGAGUCGGACGAGCACGUGAUGCAAGAGGUUGCGAUCGAAAACGCCACACGUAUCCGAGAAUUACAGCUUGAGGUUGAUGGUUUACACGUGCGUUUAGACGCUGCCCGUAAGCAGACAGAGCAAAUGCGUGAACUGUCAACGGAGGCGGAAAACCGUCUCGUGGAAGCUGUCGAGGAAAACAAACAAUUGGAACAACGUCUCUCGCAAGAGUUGAGCGAGAAUAAACAAAGAUGCGAGUUUUUGGAGGCCCAACUCGAUUUAGAGAAGAAAGAACGUCAAAAUUUGGUAAAUGAGAACAUCCGAACGAUCGAAGAAGCACAUCAAAUGAAUGCAGAACUGCGACGCGAACUAGCUACUGUUCAGUCUGAACUGGAAUCCGUUAAAGCGCGAUGCGAAUCCGCGUUACAGCUCGAGGCUGGAGCGAAAUCUGAAAUCGAAGCGUAUGAACGUAUUGCUCAAGAGGCCCGCCAGAAAUACGAGCGUGAACUUUCUCUGCAUGCUGAAGAUGUUGAAGCUCUAACCGAAGCACGUAAGCGAGCUGAAGAUGUUCGGUCUCAAAUGGCCAACUUGCAGCAACAGUGUUCCUCGGCUGAAACAAAGGCGGAAGCUGCAACAAAUGAGCUCAAAGCACAAAACACUCUUUGGCAAUCAGAACGGGAGACUCUCAUAGAGAAGCUCCAACAGGCCGAUAAAGAUCAGAGUUUACUUCAGGAACAACUGGUCAAGUUGACUCAGCAAUUAGUCUCAUUGCGCAAAGUGAUGGAAAAAUCCGAUGGAAUGCAAUCAACACCUGGUACGAGCUCAACAGAUGUGGAUGAAUCAACCGGACUGAGCGAUUUGAAAACCUCGGAGGAUCUGUUGCAGUUGGUCAACUACCUACGUCGUCAGAAAAGCAUUGCCGAGGCUUCCUGUGAUGCAUCCUCGGCCGAGAUAUCUCGCUUGUUGCUGCGUAUAUCAAGCUUGGAAAAUCAGAAAGAUCAUUUACAAACGGAACUCGAUCGCGAACGAAAGUCUAGUGAAUUGGCCUCGGAAACGACUCAACGUCACUCGGAAUUGAUGGAACGGAUUGAACAGUUGAAUCUGGUCACCGAGUCCAACCGACUGCUUCGGCAUGAGCGAGAAACGCUUCGCGAAAACCUGGCCGAAAUGGAGAAACAGCUGGAAAAUCUACGCGCUACUGUGAAUCCUCUUCGGGAAGAAAACAACAGUCUGCUGGCCCGCGUGAACUCAUUGACCAGUGAGCACCAUUCCUUGGAAGAGGAACGUGAUCGGUGGAAGGAACGCUGCAAUCGCCUGGUGGAAACCGCUCAACGCAUGGAUCCCGAACAGUACCGUCUAGCCUGUAAUGAACGUGACGAGCUACAGCGUAAAUUACGCCGUACUGAGGAGGAAUUACAACACAACCAGACAAAACUGUCUGAGGUACGUAGUGAGUUGGAGGAUCGCGUGAAGAAGCUGGAACAGGAGAAGAUUGAGGCCAGCAACCAGCGCCAGGAUGCCGAGAAGCGAUGCACCGAGUACAGUGCCCAAUGCGAAACAUUGCGUAAGGCUGUUGACGCUCGGCAAACCACAAUUGUCAAGUUGCGUGAUAUCGGGAAGAAGUAUCGUAACGAAGCGGAAGUAUUGCGCCGCCAACUGAGUGAGAGUCAAUCUGGCGAAGCUGAAUUGCAAUCACUCAAUGGCGCUCUGACUGAAGCUAAAGCUGAUUUGGUCACUUUGAGAGCUGAUUUGUCCACUGUUCGCGUUCAGAAUAGUCAGCUUUCGGCCGAUCUUCAGGAAGUUUCACAGAUCCUGAACGACUUACGGUCUAAUAGCAACUUCGGUGCUCUAGUGUCCGCUAUCCCAAGUCCACCUGCUUCCGAUUCUACAGAAGGCACAAGACAGAAUCUGGCUAGCAUACUGCGUACCGUAUUUGAUGCUUUCUCGACCGAGUACGAUCGACUGCAUCAACAGGCCGAAGCUCAACGCGAACGUCUCCUUCGUCUUAUGCUAGUUGAAUCUCAACUGACCAAGGCGCUCCGCGAGAACACCGAGCUGCGUUUGCGGGUGACCGAGCUCCAAUCCGCUCGACCUGCACAAAUUGCUGUUUCUACUAACACGACCGGCAUCGCAGUGGGGUCGGAAACGGAUGCCACAGAAGUUGUAUCCACGUCUGCGCGAACUCAGCUCACGACUACCAGCGUUUCUGAAUCCGCGGGGUGUGAAAACACCGCGACCCAGGAGAAUGUAUCCAUUGGAACCAAUAUCCGACCGUUAUCCCUUCCACAACCAGCUAUUCCGGCUUGGAUUGUACGCGCCUCGGCCACCUCAUCCACCAUGCAAUCCGUACCACCUACCCCGUCAGUGACUCCACCGAAUUCUGUUGGUUCGGGACCAAAGCAAACAGCUGAAAUUCGCCCGAUCACAAGCAACGUGGCCACCGUGAUUCCCACCCCGGCGUUGCAACCUGUCGCUACCAUCUCAUUGGCCACGCCAGGGGAUUCUGUGUUUGCCCCGGCUGUGCAAGUCAGUUCUUCGCAUUCGGCCGCGGUACAAGAGUGCGGUCUUGCCACAACGUCAGUUGUAUCUAAUGUGCAUAUGACGGUGGAUCAGCCAACUUUGUUCCGCACUGAUCCCGUUUCCGGUGAGUCAGUCUGUCGAGCUUUCUCCAAUAUUCCUGUGCCCUCUCACCGUUUCUGGUCAAUAUCUUGA